AUGUGUGUCAAGACGGAGAUAUCACGUGAAAUGGGUUUAUGGGAUUUAAUUAAACGCAAAUCAGAUUCUUUACAUGAAAUGACAGAAAAUUUUGAUGAAAAUAUUUCAGUUCACGUGGUCGACAGUGAAAUUAAAUAUAAAACAAAUGGCGAACAAAUUCCUUUUUGUAGAAUAUGUCAAAGUUCUUCAUCUCCAUUAAAUCAACUUAUAUCUCCGUGUAAUUGUAAAGGCACGCUUGCUUACGUACAUUUUAAAUGUCUCGAAAGAUGGUUGAAUUGUUCGUCGAGAAUAUCCUGCGAACUUUGUCAUUUUCAAUACGAUACUCUAAAAACGAGACGUUACACUCUUUAUCAAUCCCUUAGACUAUGGAUAAGACAUCCAGUCAAUUGGAGACACUUACAAACGGAUUUAUUUAAAAUCACUUUGUUUAGUUUUUUAACAAUUACAUUGAUACUCACGAGCGUUUUCUUUUUGGAAUAUUUUAUCGAAAUGGGACUUAAGUACGGUUUGUCUGCGUCGUAUACGAAAGGUAUAUUCAACGUUUUAUUAGGUGGGGUCACGUCUGCUUACACGUGUUCAACUUGUUUUUUAAUUAACGUUAAUUUGAAACCUUGGUAUUAUUGGUGGAAAAAUACUCACAACAUACAUUUAAGAAUAAAAACGAAUUUUGAUAAUAUCGAAGAUAGGAAAAAAUUAUUCGAUGAAUUGUCGUCGAUGAACCGAAACGAUUCCGUUGAUAACAUAUCGACGGAAGAAAAUAAUUUGCAAGAAGGCGACGUUACAACGGACGUGGAAGCAGAAAACGUUGUUGAGCGACAAGAUAUACAAUCUAUCACACCCCAAUAA